AUGAAGAACACUGGAAUGGCUGUACAAGCUUCAGCUACACAGACUGCGUUCUACCUUAUCCUGGUCCUGCUCGGCAUCGCGGGAAACGGCAUGGUGAUCGGCGUGGUCGGGGAAAGCGUGAUCCGUGAGGGCGCGGGCAGAAAAGGUUCCGAUAUCAUUCUGGUGAACAUGGCGCUGUCAAACCUGAUGGUGUCCCUUGUGAGGAACAUACUGCUGGUGCUGGCUGACUUUGGACUGCAGCUAUACAUAACCAAACAGUGGUGCCGUCUAAUGAUGUGCGUGUGGGUGUGGCUUCGCUCAGUCAAUGCGUGGUCCACGUGUUUCCUCAGUGCUUUCCACUUCCAGACCCUACGUCGUGUCGCCCCUACCAUCGGACAGCUGUAUGGCCCCCAAGGGCUCCCUAAGCCCCUGGUGCUGGGCCUAAGCCUUAUUUGGGGUCUCAACCUGCUGUACUCUGUCCCUGCUUGUAUCUACUCUACCAGUGGGGGUAGGAAUACCACAGAGACGUUGAUGUUGGUCAGCAGUACAACACGCCCCCUGCUGGGCUGCAUUUGGAAAUUCCCUUCGCCGUACAGCGGUCUGGCCUAUGCCACAACUUCCAUGGUGAUCCACGAGACCAUCCCUAUUGUAAUAAUGUCCGUCACAAACCUGGGUUCUCUGUAUAUGCUCUAUGCUCACGGACGAGCGCGAACCACCUCCCACCUGACGCAGAACGCCCCCGUGAUUCGCAGAGUCCCAGCCGAGAGGCGAGCCGCCAAGGUGAUUCUGGCCCUCAUCAUGUUGUUCAUUGUGUCCUGGGGGACCAGCAUCAUCUCAGUGAACUACUUCAACUACAACCGUGGCUCCUCAGCCGAAUUUCUCCUGGUUGUGGCACGCUUCUCAAAUACCACCUUCAUCGCUCUCUCACCCGUUGUUUUGGCCAUUGGGCACCGUCGCCUCCGGGCUGUUCUUAAAUGCACAGCCACCCACUGA